CAUUGAACACUGAAACAAAACAGUAUGCUUCUUGUCUCCUUGUCGUCCUUGAUUAUCUUCCCUCUUAUCCGCUGCAUUUUAUUAAGGAGAGUGAAUAAGUGGACUGUCCAGACUGAUUGUGCCACCUCAGCAGGUGGGACGGACCGCAGACAGACUCUGCCUGAUCUCCUAACUGACUUCUCUACCUGCACAGAUCCACCAACACUGAGUGUUCUGUGUGUUUGUGCACAGGCAGAAGAUGGUCUUCCUCACAACAAAAAUGAUGCAGAGGACGGCACUCUUUGUGACAUUCGGGGGUUUGGUGACGUCUUUCGUCACCAUGUUUAUGCCCCUGUGGAAGACUAUGAACUCAGAACUGAACGAAGUGGAGAACUGGUACUCCGGGCUGUUUCACACCUGCCUUUACACUGAGGAGGUGGGCAUUCAGUGCAAGGCCUACGAGUCCAUCAUGGGACUCCCUGUGGACCUGCAGAUCUCCAGGGUUCUCAUGUCUGUAUCCAUAGGAACCGGAGCUUCAGCCGUGUUGGCAGCCUUUCCUGGUCUGGAAGGUGUUGAGAUAUGUGUCCAGCAUCCUGGACGUAAAAGGUUUCUCCUGAUCCUCAGCGGUGUGCUGUCCUGGGUGUCCGGUCUCACCACCUUGGCUCCCGUCUCUAUCGUUGCCUACACCACUGUGGUGGACUUCUGGAAUGAGGGUUUUCCUGAUGUGAUGCCACGGUGGGAGUACGGAGAGGCCAUGUUCUCAGGCUGGUUUGGAGGUUUGGCACUGGCCCUUGGAGGGACUUUGUUCUUUAUAGCUGUGUGUAUGGGAGACUAUGGCCUGAGGUCACAGAGUUUCCAGACUGACCCGCAGUUGAAGGACAGGACAAAUCACUACCUAAAAACAGAGGUUCUAUAGAAUUAUCAUCAUCUAAUGUGUGUGAAUAAAAUGUUCUUCAGAGAUAAUAGUUCUGACAUAAACAACUUUUCUGAAAACAGAAGAACUGUAUCCCUCAAUGUGAACUGUUGCUUUAGAAGGUACUGUACAUUUGAUUAAUUAGAGAGUGUUGCCUUUCCAGUGAACCUCUAUAACAAGGAUACAAUAGUGCCAUUGACCUCACUUAGUUAUUUUACUUUAGUAAGUUGUCAUUUUGAGACAUUUUCUCGUUUUGGAGAAUCUUAU